AUGGCAAGAGAAGCGCAGCUCUGGGCGCUGGCUGACAGGGCUGGUCGCCUGCUCACGUCAUUACCAGCACCCUCCUGGCUAGUGGAAUCAGCUAGUGUUGUUUCAGGAACAAUGGGUAACCAAAUGAGCGUCCCACAAAGAGCUGAAGACCAAGAGAAUGAAUCGGAGACAGACGCUAACAAGGUGGCAUCUGAGAUUGAGUGUGGUCAGAACGGGACGCCGGUGAUCAUAUCGACCCACGACAUUCCAUUCUAUGAUGAAGUCGACUUGGGAAUAAGUGUCAAGGAGGAUAAUGUGGCCACUUCUUCCCCCAAGACAAUGGAGAUCAGCGCUGUUGCAGAUGCCAACGGAAAGAAUCUUGGGAAAGAGGCCAAACCCGAGGCACCAGCUGCUAAAUCUCGUUUUUUCUUGACACUCUCUCGGCCUGUACCAGGGCGUACUGGAGACCAAGCCACGGAUUCAUCCACUGGAUCAGUGAAGCUUGAUGUCAGCUCCAGUAACACUCUAGGGAACAAAGAACCAAGUGAGAGUGUGGCACUUCCGGUAGCAGCUGCGCUGGGCCACGACCCACAUAAAACCCCAGGCCAGAGCCCGGCCGGGGACGGAGGCUUCUCUGCCCCUUGGGGACCAGCGCCUGUCUCACCUGAGUCGGGAGGAGUGGCCCCCUCCAAGCCUAAGGACUCCAGCUUUUUGGACAAAUUCUUCAAACUGGACAAGGGACGGGAAAAGGCACCAGUCAACAGCCCCCGGGAAGCCAAGGGCGCAGGGCGUCAAGACCAGGCCCAGGAAGUUUCCGGAUUGUCCAGGCCAUCCGACGAUGUCCCUGCAGAGAGGGACAUAGUGGACAGCAAGGGGAGAGAAGGACACAAGAUCCCCACUGUGAGUUGCUCUGUCCCCGAGGACCCGGAAGAGCUGGAAACUGCAAAGGAGGACCCCCAGACCACAAAUACAACCGAGAAUAAUAAUUCCAUCAUGAGCUUCUUUAAAACUCUGGUUUCACCUAGCAAAGCUGAAACGAAAAAAGAUCUGGAAGACACGGGUGCUGAAAAGUCGCCAGCCACUUCAUCUGACGUCAAGUCAGACAAAGCGAACUUUAUAUCCCAGGAGAGCAGAGGGGAGGCCAAGAACCCUACAUCCACCAACACUACAAAGGAAGCUGCCAAGGAAAAGGGGGGACCCACCUCUCUGCCUCUGGGCAAACUGUUCUGGAAAAAGUCAGUUAAAGAGGAUUCAGUCCCCGCAGAGGAGAAUGUGGUGUGUGAAUCACCAGUAGAGGUUGUAAAGUCCGAGGAAGUAGAAUCAACCUUACAAACAGUGGAUCUCAAUGAAGAAGGAGAUGCCACACCCGAACCCACAGAAGUAAGAUUCAAAAGAGAAGAACGCAAACCACCGCGAACCUCCCUGAUGGCGUUUCUCAGACAAAUGUCAGUGAAAGGGGAUGGAGGGAUCACCCACUCAGAAGAAAUAAAUGGGAAAGACUCCAGCUAUCAAAGGCCAGACUCACCAGAGAAGGCGAUCACAUCCCCAGAGCCGGAGCCGGCAGGAGCAGACCAGAAGGGCAAAGAGAGCUCCUCCAAGGACAAGAAGGUGGUGGCUGAAGGGAACAAGCAGAAGAGCAACAAGCAGGAAGCCAAGGAACUGGUCCAGUGUGUGGAGCCGGCCGCGGGGGAGGCGAACUCGGUGCAGAACGGGGACAAGGCCCAAAAGAGACAGGAGAAGCGGCGACAGUCCCUCGGGGGCUUCUUUAAGGGCCUGGGACCAAAGCGGAUGUUGGACGCCCAAGUGCAAACAGACCCUGUAUCCAUCGGACCGGUUGGCAAAUCCAAGUAAACAAAUCACUACAGUUCCCACCAAGUUAUCCUGCCAGCAAGAUGUCUUCUCCCUACUCCAUUUCCUCCCCGAGCCCACUCCAUGUACAUAGUUUUCUUCUAACACCAUCAAAUGAAAUUCUGCCUACAAAUUAAGCCUGAGCUGUUGUAUAUCGAGGUGUAUUAUUUACGUCUCUGGUCCAAUCUUUUCCAGUAAAUAGCUGUCAAGAUGGUUUAGCAGGUGAACCAGUCAGGUGGGAAGACCUCGAUGGUUGCCAGGCAGCGGGCAGAGAGGUGGGGGAAUGCAUUCUGGGUAAGUUAUGAAAAAUGGCAGUGGCAAGUAAGUUGCAGAAGAAGAAUGCCUGUUGGAAGGAAGUAAGCUUUGUAGGAAAUACACGCUCAUCCUCUAAACUCGAGGAGGAGAGACAAAACUCUGUUUAAGUUCACAUUUCGAGGAGGAAUAGCAUGGGCUCCGUGGGGGAGGUUGCCAAUUUCCUGGAAUGGAAUGUGUGGGGAAUAAAAAGGGAAUGAAGAAGAGUUGCUUUUCGAAUAGGGUCCUUGAAAGUUAUUGAUGAGAAGGGAAAAGAUUGACCGCAGAGGGUUUGAAAUGCUUUGGGAAAACAAUUGCUUUUUGAAGCUCAGUGACAUUACAACUUCAAAACAAACAAACAAACAAACAAACAAACAAAAACCAGAAUAAAUGAAGUUGCAAGUUUACUUUGCAACACAAGGGGGCACUGAGGUCUCCAUUUUAAUCCUGCAUCCUGUAGCCCUAACAAAGAUUUGGUCUCUGCAAUCUUACAUUAUUAAUGCCUCUCAGAUGGCUGAGGGGCUUGCUUCAUCUGUUCUGUCUGACACUUAUCUCAAGUCUGUCUGUAAUUUCCUAAUGUUCUCAGGAUGUUUCCUGAUAAAACCCUCCCCAUAACCCCAGUUAAUAAAAAUUUUUGGAAGAUUAUUCAA